AUCAGUUAGAGAACGAGAGACGUUGAAGGAAGCUGAGCUGUAAGUCCGUGCUCUGCGAGUUUCUGAAUAUCUACAUACUAAACGGUCGUGUUUAGAGCGAAAUCUGUGCAAAACAAUGGAGAUGAAGAAGAGGAUCAGUUUAGAGCUGAGAAACAAAACUCCAGCGCAGGUAGCAGAACUGGUGGUGGAUAAUUGUCGCUCAAGUGAUGGAGAAAUUGAGGGCCUUACAGACGAGUUUAAGGAGCUGGAGUUCCUCAGCAUGAUUAAUGUGGGUCUCACAUCCCUGGCCAUGCUGCCAUCUCUGCCUAAGUUAAGAAAGUUGGAGCUGAGCGACAAUAACCUUUCUGGUCAUUUGGAGAUCCUUUCAGAGAAAUGCCCCAAUCUGACUUACUUAAACUUAAGUGGCAACAAGAUUAAAGAACUUAGUACAGUAGAACCUCUGCAAAACCUGAAGAACCUAAAAAGCCUGGACCUUUUUAACUGCGAGAUCACAUCGCUUGAGGAAUACAGGGAGAGCAUAUUUGAGCAGUUGCCUCAGAUCACAUACUUGGAUGGCUUUGAUGCAGAGGACAAUGAGGCUCCUGAUUCUGAGGAGGAGGGGGAUGAUGAUGAGGAUGGUGAGGAAGCAGGACCUGUUGGUGAAUAUGAUGAUGAUGAAGAUGAGGAAGAGGAGGAAGAUGAGGAGGAAUCUGAAAGUGGAGAGGUUGGGCUGUCCUACCUGAUGAAAGAGGAUAUUCAGGAUGAAGAGGAUGAUGAUGACUACGUAGAAGAAGAGCAGGAAGGUAAGGAAGAGGCGGCAGAUGUUCGGGGGGAAAAAAGAAAGAGGGAUGCAGAUGAUGAGGGUGAAGAUGACGACGAUGAAGAUGACGACUAACCCCAUGCGUCUGAUGCUUUGGAAAAUUUACUCAAUUUAUAGAACAAUGUUGAAAUAAGUGUGAUAUUGCAGAUUGUUUUCUUUUGUAUACUAUACAUAUAUCACUUUAGAGGCUAAAUGUUUUCUUUUGAUAAAUAUUAUACUAUAUAAAAGGGUUUUAUUAAUAAUUCAUUCAGCCAUUCCAAGUUUUGUUCCAGCAUAUGAGAAUCUUGUCAUUGGCUGAGAUGGGGGAAAGAGGUCUGUGGGGUUUAGUUUGAAACUUAGUAACUAGGCUCUUUCUCAGUUGCUUCUGGAUUUUAAUCUGUUAAGACAGUUGGCAGGGCAACUUUGGUCUGUAAAAAGUAAGCUUAGCCUGUGCUCAUCAUGCAACUAAAUUUCUCCAGACCUUUGUGAGGAGGCAAUGGGUUGGCCUGCUCCUCAUCUACCUCUCAGGGCAGCCUCAGUCUCAGCCCACCAUGGAGCAUCGUGCCAGUGGUCUCCAGCUUGCAGCCCCAAGUUUCUGGAUCAGCGCAUCCUAACACUGUCUGUAAUGGGUGCUUUCACUUGAUUCAGAUUAUAGUAGACCAAGUUUACUCCGACUAUGUAGGUGGUAUAAGAUCAUAUGAUUUUUAAUGUGUAAUGUAAAUAUGAUGUCUAUUAAUUGAUCAUGUUAAGGGGAUUGUCAUAGUUUCACCACGUUUUAUCCUGAUUAUGUCAGAAUAGCUUAUCCCCUUCCCAGAUAUAUUUUAAAUUGAAAUUAUUUAAUUUUGAGUGUAGUAAUACUUGGGUCUUGCUUCUUUUUGAGGGGUGCAAUGCUGGAAUUUCUUAUACCAGUCAUGUUAAAUGGCUUUGUUGGAUUUAAUAGUACCCUUAACCUUUUAUUUCUAUGUUUUGGUUUGAAAGCUGGUUUGUUUCUACUUUUGUGGGGGUAUUUUAGAGAGUAAAACCUUUAAAUGUUCGUAUGGCAAUAUGUACAGUAUAUAGUAUAUGUUCAAACAGGUCUGUGUGUUUUUAAUAAAGCUGAAUAAUUGUUUUAAUUACAAAGCAUUUGUCAGUAGACUAGACAAGUCCCUAGGCAUGAGUCACUUGUGUUUUUUCAUUACUUUUGGCUGUUUGGGGUUAUAAGAGAAACUUUUCUGGAGGGUUUAAUGGGUUUUUGUUUGUUUGUGUGUGUGUGUUCCUGUCCAUUUUUAGAGAAGAUAUUAAACAUGUAAUAUGACAUGUCUUGAUAAAAGUUUUCUCGUCCGUUAAUGCGUGUGCUAAGUUUUAUUAAAUUGUUUGCCAAAGUAAAAGAAUUUUCUCUGCAUGAGAUUUACUCAGUGGCAUUGAGUUGCAGUAGUAGGUAGUGUGGGUCAUGCAGCACUAGGGACCUGGGUGUUAACCUUGUCUCUGGUCACAGGAUGUGGUCAGUCUGUCAUGUUUUCCAAUGUCUGCAUGGGUUUUCUCACAAUGUAUGCGGAAGAUUGUUUGGCUGCCCUAAAUUGUCCAUAGGUAUAUGUGUAUGGGUAAGUGUAAUCUCCGCCCCAGUGUUUCUGGGUGGCACUUUAAUUAAGAAUCUUUUAAGGUUAUUAAUAAUGUAAUCC